AUGGUUGCUAUUACGUCCCUGUGGAAUGCUGUCCUCCUUGCAGGCGUGGCUGUUUCUGAGGCAAAGAGUUGCAAGAAACCUUUUGUCAGAAGGGAAUGGCGCUCUCUUAGUAUCAAGGAGAGAGAUCAGUACAUCAAAGCUCAGAAGUGCCUGAUGAAGAAACCUCCCCAGUCUUCUACAGCCGAUAUCCCUGGUGCUCGAAGUCGAUGGGACGACUUCUUGGGCACGCACAUCAUCAACGCCGAUGACGUGCACUUCACAGGUGUAUUCUACCCCUACCACCGUCUACUCAUGUACUCUUACGAACAAGAGCUACAGACCUGUGGCUGGAAAGGUGGGGUUCCCUACUGGGACUGGACACUCGACGCCGCAGGCCCCGAAAACGACACCUCCGUCUUUGUCAACUCGCCUAUUUUUGACAACAAGCACGGUUUCGGUGGCAACGGAGCUUGGAUCCCCGGAAACUUCUCUAAUCCUGAGCCUGGCCUGCCCGUGAAUCCUCCCUGGGAUGUUCCUGAUCGGUCUGGUGGCGAUUGUAUCAAGAGCGGUCCGUUUGCAGGACUCAAGUCUAACCUGGGACCUGGAAAUGGUACAGCGUAUAACCCCAACUGUAUUCGACGAGACUUUGCGCCAUUGAGCUUUAGGGAUAUGAGUGGACCUGCUGCGGUUGAGGAUGGGAUGCAGCAGGGCGAUUUUGGACACUUUGAUCGUCUUACGCAGAGCACUACUCACUCUGGUGGACAUUGGGGUGUUGGUGGGUUGUAUGGUACCAUGACUGAUAAGUGGCAGAGUCCUGCUGAUCCUCUCUUCUGGGUCCAUCAUGCCAACGUUGAUCGCUUCUGGUGGUCAUGGCAAAUUCGCGAUCUCAAGAAGCGUGAGAAAGACAUCUCUGGUCCUCUUGUCAACUUUGACUACAACAAUGAGGCUGCUGGAAAUGUUACUCUCGAUCAUGGCAUCUUUGUUGGUGAGACCGUCAAGCUCAAGGCUAAGGUCAAGGAUGUCAUGCAUAUCAAAAAGGGCCUCCUUUGCUACGAGUAUGAGGACACUUAUUAG